GGGCAGUGGCCCACUUUGCAAAUUUACAAAACAGACGGAUAAAAUCAUCAUUUUGUCUCCUCUUUGUGAGCCAUUUUGUAGGGUCGUCGGGCUUUGCAGAGCGUCUCCAUGGUCAUAGUCAUAGAACAUUCCUGUUAAGCCUUUCUAGUUCUCGAAUGUUCACGCUCUUUCUCUAAUAACAAUUCGAAAUACGGAACGCAAUUUGAUGACCCGUCAUUGGUUGGAACAAAUGGAAUCAUCAAACUCCAGAAUUUUCGUGGUCCUUCCCCGCUCCCCACAAAUACCCCGCCCUGACUGAACCCUAACCUAGCGAGAAUCCACUCUCCUGGGCGAGAUACAUCAAGCAGAUAGAAUCCUCAAUCAACAGCUCCCCAUUCUCUCACUGAUACUCCUACCUCCGAGUCCGAAAAGUUUCUGAAUCUCUGAUGGAUCAGAUGUCAAUGCUCAAUCGCUUUCUCGCAUUCGAUCAGCCCUUGUUCUCCGAAGAAGAGGUUGCAUUGAGUAUGGACUGGAAGGAAACUCCCGACGCUCAUGUCUUCACGCUCGAUCUUCCAGGCUUCACUAAAGACCACGUCAAGCUUCAGAUCCACGGCGGCAAGGUACUGCAUGUGAGUACGGCCUCCGAACCGGGACCUGCGGAGGACGACGAAAAGGCGAUCUGGUGGCACUGCAAGGAGCGGACCCGAGGAAAUUUCUCUAGGCGAUUCCGGCUGCCGGAGGACGCGGUCUCCGAUCAGAUCAAGGCGUCGAUGCGCGACGGCGUACUGGUCAUCGCCGUUCCCAAAGACCGGCAGUACCAUAAGAAGAAGCACCACCAUCACGGACGUAAGUCCGUUGAUAUCUCCGGCGAGGACGGCUCCGGGUCUCCAUCUUCGCCUUCUAAGGGACUGGCUCGUUUCGUCUGUUGCAAAGCCUAGCACGGCAUUACAAUGAAUACGAGUCGCUCUUUUUCUGGUACAUUUUCCGCGCCAUGAAUGUGAGAUUGUGAAUUUAUAGAUCAAUUGGGCAUGUUGGUUUGUCGUGUGUUCAAAAUCCCCUUUUUCUUCUAAAUUUGGUCAGUUGAGUCGCUGCAUGCAUGUCAUCUUGUAAAAUAUAAGUGUGUUGCUGCUUUUGUUUCUCUUUUUCUAUCAAAAGAAUUAUGAAAUUGACUAAAUAUAAAUUUUGAGUUGGUGGGUGAGAGUAGUCA